GUCGCAGAGAAGCCGAACGGAGCAAGGAGGGGAUCUGAGGGUCGGGUGGAAACUCACUCAGACACAGCAAACUAAAUGCGCACAUACAGUAGUCGACGACUGUGGGACUAGUAACCCAUCAUUAUUUGAUCUGCAGACUGAACAAAGGGAACUCACGGCGACUUUUGAGUACUGUGUCGACUAGUUAAGUUUGCGCAUUCUUCGAUAUUAAAAUGCUUUAGGAUUUUGAAAUUUUUCUUCAAUUGACCCAGUAUCAGGAAAGUAUCACUAAGUCCCGCUCAAGACCCAUAUAUAUUUUUCUUUUUUUUAAAUUUUACUUUAAUAUUUAUACAUUUAUUUAUUUAUUUAUUUUUUGUUUUUGCUUGCGAUGCUCGGCACCUUUGCAUUACUAUUGAUCACCUGUGCGGGGGGCAUUUUAGGAUGCCAGCUUCCCCAUGACUGGAGACCCCAGACUGAAGCAUGCCGCGCAGAGCUGGCGGAGAUCAUCGUCUAUGCCAGGGUACUCGCACUGCACAGGGACUCAUACAGCGUUUAUAACUACUUGCCCUGGCAGUACGACACGGAACUAUUCUUCUCCGCCGAGAUCGAGCUUCUGUGCGAUCAAGCAUGGGGCAGCAUGCUGGAAGUCCCCGCUGGAUCCAGGUUCAAUGUCACCGGACUCGGAUACUUUCCCUGCUAUUCAUACAGCGUCACGGAAAACAAUGCCUACUAUUUCUUCUUAAGAAUGGAUGAGAACUUCAGCAUCAUGCCCCAUGGCGUGAACUUCCAAGAUCCCAUCUUCCCAGACACACCGGAGAACCACCGCAUUUUCGCAAGCCUCUUCCAGUUUGCUAACUGUACUGCCGGCACCCAGGUUCACACCUAUACCCCCGAAUGGGAGGCUCAGGAGGACAGCCGGCUGAUGUGUUCGACAGUGCAGAAAGCCUUGUUUGAGGAAGAGGAGAAGGUGAAGACACUUUCACAAAAGGUGCGUUUCCUGGAAAAGACCAACAACCACCUGAGAGACAAGGUGAAAAACAUGAAACGGUUGCUGCGUCAAGCCAAGCGUGAGACAAAGGAGCAGACGCACCUCCUCAAGCAGAUUCACGAGCCCCAGGUUGCAGACAAUGGCCAUCAACACCACCCCCAGCAGGAAACCACCCACAACCAAGACAAAACCCUCAAGAAGGUCCUCACUAAAAAGCUGAAGGACUAAACUAAGUUUGCUGUGUUGGAACAAUCGAAAAAUAUGCUGUUUAUACCUAGCAACAAAUUAGCAGGGGGCACAGAACUACGUACCAUGUCAUAAUCUAGAUCAGGUUUGCCCACUUAUUUUUGCUUGGCACAUAGUGAGAGGAACAUAUUUCUAAGCAAGUCAAAGUAAGUUGCUUUUUUGAAGUGUUGACACAAAGUUUUGAGGUACAGAAUCUGAAACAGACAUUCUCAAAAUUCCAGGCAAAAACAGUCGUCAUUGUCCAUCCCACUGUGAAAUAUUUACAGAUAGUCAUCUUUGUGUGCUGAUAUAUUUAGAGAUUUUUGGUAGCCGACUGUGUAACUUUACGUGUAAACUCUGUAUCCUCUGCUUUAGAGCAAACGCCCAGACCUUACAGCUUUGUAGUACAACCAAAAAUUAUUUUAAACACAUUCUUAAGGGCACUUUAGCUCAGACUGAAAGCAGUUUCCAUCUGCUUUCUAAGCAAAGUCUAUUCUCCAUGCCUCAUUUUGACACAGCGGUAACCUACAGCAGCCUUUAUUAGUCUUGUUGCAUGGGAAUGCUGUAAUCAGCCCACACCAAUUUUCCUCGUCUCUGUUACCGGGAGCAACAGCCAAAUCUCACCUGCCCCCCACCAACCUUUCUGGCUUGGCCCCAUUAGCAGUCAGCAAACCGCUCUCAUGUAAUCAACGUGGCUGGAGUGUCAGCCGUACAGCUUCUGUCAGCAGGGGGCUCCACCGGUUCCUGAGCCGGUCAGGUUUGUAGUGAUGUCUAGGCCGCUGACAUGUACAGCUCCUAUGGCUGCCGAGCCCCGACAGUGCAGCUCUCACCACGGAGACAUACGUCACCUGGACUCUUGCCCUUUCUGUUUCCUGUCUGCCUACAAACACACCAACAUGAAAUGGUUCUUCAGAAAAAAUGUAAAUGCUUCAUUUCGUAAUGUAUAAUUUGUCUUUUCUCUUCCUUACUAAUUCUGUUGUCUGUUCUGUCGAUUUAUGUAUGCAUAUUUUGAAUUGAAAAAAUAUAACAGUUUUUCCCUUUAAAACCAGGGUGCUGUGCACUCCUUUAGAAAUGCAGCCAUUUGUCAUGAUAAUCUUGUCUUGAAAGAUAAUCUUUAGCUUUUUAAGCUUUAAGACUGAUACUAAGAUGAGACCAGCUUAGUACAACGAGCAUUUGGUGCAGUGCAGUGAUUUAUUUAAAAUAAUGAUAUUCAGACACAGUAACAUGGUCCUCUUAAUGGAAGUUUUAUAUUUUAAACAGUGUUUUCAUGCUUUCAUGCUAUCAUUUUAUAAUGUAAACAGUACUCAUUUCACAUGUAUUAAGGGUCAAAAUAAAUUUUCCUUUUAUAAAUACCA